AUGGAGGAGACGUACGAUGCGAUUGUGUGCGGGACGGGCUUGGUGGAGUGCGUGCUGUCCGGCCUGCUGUCCGUUAACGGAUACAAGGUGCUGCACGUGGACCGCAACGCGUACUACGGCGGUGAGAGCGCCUCGUUGAACUUGGAACAGCUCUACCAGAAGUUCAACAAGGGCAAACCGCCGGCUUUCUUGGGCCGCAGCCAUCUCUACAACGUCGAUCUGAUCCCGAAGGUGCUCAUGUGCGCCGGUGAGCUGGUCAAGAUCCUGCGCGCCACCGUCGUGGAUCGCUACAACAUGGAGUUCAUGUUGCUGGACUGCUCUUUUGUGAUGAAGGACGGCAAGAUCGCCAAGGUGCCGGCGACGGAGAUGGAGGCGCUGUCGUCAUCGCUGAUGGGCUUCUUCGAGAAGCGGCGCCUGCGCAACUUCCUCCAGUACGUGUCCAACUACAACGUGAAGGACAGCCGCACAUACAAGGGCUACAACCUGCAAACCAUGUCGAUGCAGCAGCUCUUCAAGGAGUUUGACCUUGGCGCCGACACCAUCAGCUUCGUCGGGCACGCUAUGGCUCUGCAGAACAACGAAGACUACCUGCACAAGCCAGCCAUCGACACCGUGAUGCGGUGCAAGUUGUACGAGAACUCCUUCCUGAUGUACAACCGCUCCCCGUACGUGUACCCGCUCUAUGGUAGCGGCGAGCUUCCGCAGGCGUUCUCGCGCCUGUCGGCCGUGUACGGCGGCACCUACAUGCUUCAGACGCCUGUCGAUAAGGUGAACUUUGACGCGAACGGCGCCUUCGAGUCCAUCGAGAGCGGUGGCAAAAAGGCGUUCGCGAAGCUGGUGGUUGGCGACCCGUCGUACUUUCCGGACCGUGUCAGGUCGUGUGGUCAGGUGGUGCGCUGCAUCGCGAUCAUGGACCACCCUAUCCCCAACCUAAAGGUGACUGCCAACGCGUGCCAGAUCAUCAUCCCACAGUCGGAGCUGCGCCGCAAGAACGACGUGUACAUCCUGCAGCUGUGUGAAGAAGACAAGGUGUGCCCCGAGGGCAAGUUCAUCGUGAUGAUCGGCACCGUGGUCGAGCAUCCGGGGAACCCCAAGGCUGACCUGGAGGCUGGCCUCAAGCUGAUCGGGCCCACGCUGGAGACGUUUAUCUCUGUCUCUGACCUGUACGAGCCUCUCGAGGACGGAAGCACGAGCCGCUGCUUUAUCAGCAAGAGCUACGAUGCCGCCACGCACUUCGAGAGCGCCGCGGAGGACAUCCUCAACCUCUUCGAGCGCAUCCACGGCAAGCCGUACAGUUUCGACGCCAUCAAGCGCACAGGUGAGGAGGUGCAUGCGUAG